UUAUUUUAUUAUAUUUAACCAAUUCGAAACCCAUGUCAACAGAUGUAUAUACAUUUUAGCCAUGAUUCAGUGAUAUUCGCCAUCCCUUGAAACGCAGUAUUAGUUCACCAUCCCUCGUCAGCAUUUUCGCAUAUUGUGAAAUUGUAGUAAAUAUUAAUUUUUUGGAAACCCAGAAAACUUAAAGCCAUGUCUGGCGGUCCGGCAAUAACGCUGAAAAGCCAACCAAUUGAUGGAAGCAAUAGCAAUAGUGGAAAUGCUGCUGGCCAACAACAGCAAUCUGGGAAUAAUGCAGCGGCAGCGUCGUCCUCGUCUUCACAGGGCUCGGCUGGAAAUGUGCCACCAGCCCAGGAGGGCACACGGCAAAACAGCUUGCAGCGUAUACAGCAGCGAAAGCAGAAGGUAUUCAAUCUGCCAGAGGCACAGAAGCUGGCCAAAUUAUCAAUGUAUUCUGCGUGCCAAGCCGAGGGCUGCCGUUGCACUGGAUGGAAGACGCCACAGGAGAACAGGCAUCGAGAUGUCGAAUCUUCCUACUGUCCAGAGCUGAGCGAAGAGUGUCGCAACGCUAGUUGCCGCCAUCCACUGCGGUCUCACAUCUCUCAUCUGACUGAGAUUUCAAGGACAAGCAUGGACGACCUCUUGGGCGCAAUCAUUGAUAUGGAAAACCUGUUUAUGUCAAUGCAGCGCGUAGAGGACGAGGACACUAAAAAAGUGUAUUUGUAUUUGUUCAGGCUGCUCCGUCAAUGCGUCCUAACACGUCAGCAGGCUGUUAUUCGCGGUCCCUUGGGAGAUCCUCCAUUCGAGUCGCCGUGCAUUACAAAGGCUGUAUUGUCCCUGGUUUUCUACAAGUACAACCACUUGAACCCGACUGAGCUGCAGACCAUGACGGAGGUGGCCAAGACAUUCCUAAACUUCCUUAACCAUUACAACUUUGAGUCGCCUUCGGUACGCCGUAGCGAUGCCACUUUGACUCACGAGGACGCAUCAACCUAUAAGAUCAAUUAUACGCGCUGGCUUGUAUUUUGCCAUGUGCCCGCCUUUUGUAACUCCCUGCGGCAGUUCGAAACAUCUUUGGUAUUUGGACGAACUCUUCUGCGAACUGUUUUUCAAUAUAUGUCGCAGCAGCUGAAAAAGAAGUGUAUUUCCGAGCGUGAUCGCUUCCCCGAAGACAAAAGAUCGAUCAUCACGCAAAUGCCAAAGUUCUUGGAAGCAUUGAGAGCCGAACUGCUGAAAGAUGAUUCGCCCAUAUGGGAUUCCAGCUACAGGCCACCAAAUUCAUUCGUCAUGCAACAAAGGAAGCGUCAUCAGGAAGUGGCACCCCCAGCAACCAUUUCGGCUGCUGCUGCCGCAUCUGCUCCGAGCAGUAGUAAACGCUCCAGCGUUGGAGAACCAGUCCAUAAGAGGGCCAAAAAAGAGCCUGUCGAACGGGCUCCCAGCGAGAAUUUGGAUGACCUUCCAACCGAUGUAGUUUUGCGAGCCAUGAAAUCCGUUUCGGAGUCGAAAACCACAAACAAAGCUGAAAUCUUGUUUCCCGUCAAUGUUUCGCGCGAUGAAAAUGUCAAGGCCGAAGAGCAGAAGCGCGCCAUCGAGUUUCAUGUUGUGGGCAACUCGCUAACAAAGCCCGUGGACAAACAGACAAUCCUUUGGCUCCUGGGACUGCAGCUUGUGUUUGCGCAUCAGCUGCCCGAGAUGCCACGUGAAUACAUAAGCCAGCUGGUCUUUGACACCAAGCACAAGACCUUGGCACUUAUCAAGGAGAACCAGCCAAUUGGAGGAAUAUGUUUCAGACCAUUUCCCACCCAGGGCUUCACUGAAAUUGUAUUCUGUGCGGUUACAAUGGCGGAGCAAGUGAAGGGAUAUGGCACACAUCUGAUGAAUCACUUAAAGGAUUACAGCAUACAGCGUGGCAUUAAGCAUCUACUUACGUUUGCCGAUUGUGAUGCCAUAGGGUAUUUUAAAAAACAAGGUUUUUCCAAGGACAUCAAAUUGGCACGACCCGUCUAUGCGGGAUAUAUCAAGGAAUAUGACAGCGCUACGCUUAUGCACUGUGAGCUGCAUCCAAGUAUUGUGAAUACUCAAUUUAUUGCUGUUAUUCGGAAUCAAAGCGAGAUCCUUAAGGAGCUAAUUGCUCAGCGACACAAUGAGGUCCAAAAAGUUAGGCCUGGCUUAACAUGCUUCAAAGAGGGAUUGCCAUCUAUUCCAGUUGAAUCUAUUCCGGGUCUAAGAGAAAUCGGUUGGAAGCCACAAAUGCGUCCAGUGCGUGCCUCCCGCCCCUUGGAAGAAUCUACUGAUCCGGAAAAACUGGCCAAUUCUUUCCAAUCUGUAUUACAAUCUGUGCGCCAACAUGCCACAGCAUGGCCGUUCCUACGACCAGUCACUGCAGCCGAGGUUCCCGACUAUUACGAUCACAUCAAGUACCCCAUGGACUUGAAGACAAUGGGCGAACGUCUAAAAAAAGGUUAUUAUCAAACACGUCGCUUGUUUAUGGCAGAUAUGGCACGUAUUUUCUCAAAUUGUCGCUUCUACAAUUCUCCCGACACUGAGUAUUAUCGCUGCGCUAAUUCGCUCGAACGUUAUUUCCAAACCAAAAUGCGAGAGCUGGGCUUAUGGGACAAAUGAUUCGACGACCCUAUUUAUAUUGCUUGAACUGAGUAAAUUAGUUACAUCUUAUAUAUAUAUAUAUGAAUAUAACCAUCUAGGUAUUUCUGUCUCUGCGAAACUGAUCGAUGUGCACUGUUGUUUUCAUUUUACAUAGUUAUCAACAUCAAGUUACAAAACAUCUUCCGACAGAAGUACCUAAUGUGAAACUUUUAAUUAUUAUUUAUUCUUAGAAUAGUUAAUCUGAAAAAUUUACUGCUUCAACAUAUAAAUUAUAUUUAAUGUUUAUGUUCAUAUGUAUAAUUUCGAAAAUUAUGUUCUAGACCGGAACGGUUUUUGUAUCGCAAGCAGACGCAAGUUUGUUUCAACAAAUGAUAUACACUCUAUCAAAACGAUUGCGAUAAACUACAAACUGCAAAAUAGACUUUUGAAAAUAUGUUACUAUUAUGUUGGUUAAAUUCACAUAAAACUGUAAAACGGAAAGCUCAAUGGAUUUACUAAAAUAAAUAUUGGAAA